GAUGUUUCAGUCACAUUUCAGCCGCUGCUCUGAGAAUUUGUGAGCAGCCCCUAACAGGCUGUUACUUCACUACAACUGACGAUAUGAUCAUCUUAAUUUACUUAUUUCUCUUGCUAUGGGAAGACACUCAAGGAUGGGGAUUCAAGGAUGGAAUUUUUCAUAACUCCAUAUGGCUUGAACGAGCAGCCGGUGUGUACCACAGAGAAGCACGGUCUGGCAAAUACAAGCUCACCUACGCAGAAGCUAAGGCGGUGUGUGAAUUUGAAGGCGGCCAUCUCGCAACUUACAAGCAGCUAGAGGCAGCCAGAAAAAUUGGAUUUCAUGUCUGUGCUGCUGGAUGGAUGGCUAAGGGCAGAGUUGGAUACCCCAUUGUGAAGCCAGGGCCCAACUGUGGAUUUGGAAAAACUGGCAUUAUUGAUUAUGGAGUCCGUCUCAAUAGGAGUGAAAGAUGGGAUGCCUAUUGCUACAACCCACACGCAAAGGAGUGUGGUGGUGUCUUUACAGAUCCAAAGCGAAUUUUUAAAUCUCCAGGCUUCCCAAAUGAGUACGAAGAUAACCAAAUCUGCUACUGGCACAUUAGACUCAAGUAUGGUCAGCGUAUUCACCUGAGUUUUUUAGAUUUUGACCUUGAAGAUGACCCAGGUUGCUUGGCUGAUUAUGUUGAAAUAUAUGACAGUUACGAUGAUGUCCAUGGCUUUGUGGGAAGAUACUGUGGAGAUGAGCUUCCAGAUGACAUCAUCAGUACAGGAAAUGUCAUGACCUUGAAGUUUCUAAGUGAUGCUUCAGUGACAGCUGGAGGUUUCCAAAUCAAAUAUGUUGCAAUGGAUCCUGUAUCCAAAUCCAGUCAAGGAAAAAAUACAAGUACUACUUCUACUGGAAAUAAAAACUUUUUAGCUGGAAGAUUUAGCCACUUAUAAAAAAAAAAAAAAAAGGAUGAUCAAAACACACAGUGUUUAUGUUGGAAUCUUUUGGAACUCCUUUGAUCUCACUGUUAUUAUUAACAUUUAUUUAUUAUUUUUCUAAAUGUGAAAGCAAUACAUAAUUUAGGGAAAAUUGGAAAAUAUAGGAAACUUUAAACGAGAAAAUGAAAUCUCUCAUAAUCCCACUGCACAGAAAUAACAAGCGUUAACAUUUUCAUAUUUUUUUCUUUCAGUCAUUUUUCUAUUUGUGGUAUAUGUAUAUAUGUACCUAUAUGUAUUUGCAUUUGAAAUUUUGGAAUCCUGCUCUAUGUACAGUUUUGUAUUAUACUUUUUAAAUCUUGAACUUUAUAAACAUUUUCUGAAAUCAUUGAUUAUUCUACAAAAACAUGAUUUUAAACAGCUGUAAAAUAUUCUAUGAUAUGAAUGUUUUAUGCAUUAUUUAAGUCUGUCUCUAUUGUUGGAAUUUCAGGUCGUUUUCAUAAAUAUUGUUGCAAUAAAUAUCCUUGAACAC